AGAAGAAGAAGAAGAAACAGAACCUCCUACUACCAUUUCGUAGCUUUGACGCCUCUUUUCUUUCGAUUUUCUUCCUUUUCUUCUCGGGAACCAAACGUGGGUUUGAAGGGUUCGAUUUGAUUUUCCCAAUAAAAAGUUUUUCUUUUUUUGAAUUCCGGGUUCCGCAAAUCUUCUUCCAAUCUCAGUAGGUGGAUACACCAUUUUCUUCCUGUAUAUAAAUAGCUGCCACCUGAUUUUGUGGUUCACCUUCAAAACAGGAAUCAAGCACAGAGAAAAUAGGAGGAGAAAGAAAGGGCGAGCAAAGGGAAAGGAAUAAGGAGAUUGAUUUGAGUGAGUGAGUGAGUCUCUGUUCUGGUCUAACCAUUUUGUCAGGUGUUGUAAAUCCAGUGGGGUUCUUUUUUAUUUUUCAUUUUUGUUUGUUUGCCAUUUUGAUUUAUGUUUAUCUUCUGUGUUUAUCAUCAAUCACUCUCUCCCACUCUUUUCUCUAAAAACAUUUGACCUGUUUAACGGACAAUCAAUCAACCCCCCUUUUUGUGUUUGAAUUGUGUCAGGUUAUCGAGAUCUGAGAGAUAAAAAGGAAAUGGCCACCGAUUCAGCUAAUGGACAGCACCAAGGAACAACCAAACCGCCUCCACAGCCAUCCCCAUUGCGUUCUUCCAAGUUCUGCCAGUCCAACAUGAGAAUUUUAAUCACCGGAGGAGCUGGAUUCAUUGGGUCCCACCUGGUGGACCGGCUAAUGGAAAAUGAGAAGAAUGAGGUAAUUGUUGCUGAUAACUAUUUCACUGGAUCUAAAGAAAAUCUCAAGAAGUGGAUUGGGCAUCCAAGAUUUGAGCUCAUCCGUCAUGAUGUCACAGAGCCAUUGCUGGUUGAGGUUGAUCAGAUUUACCAUCUUGCAUGUCCUGCUUCUCCCAUUUUCUACAAGUACAAUCCUGUAAAGACGAUAAAAACCAAUGUGAUUGGUACCCUCAACAUGUUGGGGCUUGCCAAGCGAGUUGGAGCUAGAAUUUUGCUUACAUCAACUUCAGAGGUGUACGGUGAUCCUCUUAUCCAUCCUCAACCAGAGACCUACUGGGGCAAUGUUAACCCAAUUGGGGUCCGGAGCUGCUACGAUGAGGGGAAACGUGUGGCUGAGACAUUGAUGUUUGAUUAUCAUAGGCAGCAUGGGAUUGAAAUUCGAAUUGCCAGGAUCUUCAACACAUAUGGUCCACGAAUGAAUAUCGAUGAUGGGCGUGUUGUCAGCAACUUCAUAGCUCAAGCGAUCCGUGGUGAGGCAUUGACAGUGCAGAAGCCUGGAACCCAAACUCGCAGUUUCUGCUAUGUAUCUGACAUGGUUGAUGGUCUCAUCAGGCUGAUGGGAGGAGAAAACACUGGACCCAUCAACAUUGGAAACCCAGGUGAGUUCACCAUGACCGAGCUUGCUGAGACGGUGAAGGAGCUGAUAAACCCCGCGGUGGAGAUAAAGAUGGUGGAGAACACACCAGAUGAUCCAAGGCAGAGGAAGCCAGACAUCACAAAGGCGAAGGAGUUGCUUGGAUGGGAGCCUAAGGUGAAGUUGAGGGAGGGUCUACCCCUAAUGGAAGAGGACUUCCGUACCAGGCUUGGGGUCGCCAAGAAGUGAACAAAAGGGUUUCAUAAAAGAGAAAGAAAGACACCAUGAGAAAGAUUGGAGAAACUUUUCGAAGAGAUUUCAUUUCUAUAGGGCUUGUGAAAGGUUUUUUUUUUUUUUUUAGUUCAGGGGAAGAUUUUGGUUUCUUUUGUUGCUGAGAGUCAGCCAUUUGAUCCGAGUUCUCUCCGUUUGCACCAUUCUUCAUGCAUAGGAAAUAAGUGAGAGGAGAGGGUUUUUUGCAAAACUGGUUCAUUUUCUCUUUGAGUUGGUCUUACAGUUCUAGCCUUUUGGGAUGGAAAUCAAAUAAAUUAGAGCGUUUUCAUUUCGACUUUCAAGUAUGUCGUUGAUAUUUUAUCUAUUUUGCUUUUAAACCUAUAGCUCUUUUACAUUGGGAAAUGGGAAGCAUCUAGUAUCGUUUUCAUGACAAUGGAGCAUCUACUAUAGUAAUCAGAUUAUGG